UUCGUCUUUCCGGUAACAUUUCCCUUGUCAUCAUUCCGCUCGCCGAAUUUCUUCAACGUUCGAACAAAUUCGAACCCGAAACGGAGAAAAUUUCAUCGAUCCAACGAUCCAAUCGCAUGAUAUUUGCUCCGUAUGAAGCAUUUUGAACCGGGACUGGAAUCCGAUUGCGGCUGUCGGCGGACUUCUGGAGUUCUGUUGAGAUAUUGAGGAGCUAUUCUGGGUCUGGAUUCUCCUCGGGAGUGAGAGAUGAUUCAGAUUCAACUGGAUUCAGAAGAUUGAUCCGAUAACCAUGUGGUUUUCCUUCUUGAGAUCUAGAGAUCGAUUCUCCUUGGACGAACUCAGGCCAUUGUUCCAAUGCAUUUGGGUAGCCCUUUCCAUUUUCUGUGAGCUCCUAGAGCUUGAAGCCAAUCGGGUUUGUCAAAUGCGACAAUCGUGAUCAUAUGAGGAAAGACUUGCUCUUAAACUUUCAUUGGUUUAGAAAGGUUCAGUCUCGAUAUUGGAUGAUUAUAAGGUGAAUCAUGAAUGUGAAAGCUUUGGUUUUUAGGUAUUUGACUGAGCAGUUGAGAAAGGUUCAGAUUGUUAACGAGAUCAAUAAGGACUUUGUUGUUGAGGCACUGAGAUCAAUCUCGGAGAUAUUAACAUAUGGCGAUCAGCAUGACCCCUCGUAUUUUGAAUUCUUUAUGGAGAAACAAAUAAUGGGAGAGUUUGUGCGUGUUUUGAAGGUUAGCCGGACAGUGACUGUUUCUGUUCAGUUGCUGCAAACCUUGAGUAUUAUGAUCCAAAACCUAAAAAGUGAACAUGCCAUAUACUACAUUUUCAGUAAUGAACAUAUAAACUAUCUAAUAAUGUAUACAUUUGACUUCCAACAUGAGGAGAUUCUGUCUUACUACAUAUCUUUCUUAAGAGCUGUGAGUGGAAAGCUAAACAAGAAUACAAUAUCAUUGCUUGUUAAGACGGAUAACGAUUUAGUAGUUUCUUUUCCCCUUUAUGUCGAAGCCAUACGAUUUGCAUUUCAUGAAGAGAAUAUGAUACGCACUGCGGUCCGUGCCCUGACUCUCAAUGUUUAUCAUGUUGGAGAUGAAUCUGUGAAUACUUACGUAGCAAGUCCUCCGCACACAGAGUACUUUUCAAAACUAGUUUUGUUUUUCCAAAAGCAAUGCAAGGAUCUGAGUGCAAUGGUGUUGGACACCCUAAGGAGUCCAUCCCCAGACUCGAGGACAAAACUUCUUGCUGCCACUGAUGGGAUCGAGGACGCACUGUACUAUUUUAGUGAUGUUAUUUCCGCUGGCAUACCUGAUAUCGGGAGGCUGAUAACAGACCACAUUCUGCAGCAUCUAACUCUCCCACUAAUUCUUCCGUCUUUGUGCAUUGAGACUGUUAAUGAUAUCCCAAUCGACCCGGUCACUUCCCUUUAUCUGCUUUGCUGCAUCUUGCGUGUAGUUAAAAUCAAAGAUUUGGCAAAUACAACUGCUGCUGCUCUUUUCUGCCCCAUAAAGGCGUUCAUUUCAAGGUCUCACGCUCAUGAAAGCUCUACACUUGGAAAUCAACAUCAAGGCAAUGGUAUUGCUGAGAAGAAAAUUAAGCAAUGUUCAAGCGUUGCAGUAUCAAGCGAGGGCAUUGAUUCUCACAGUUGCAUUGAAGAUACUGAGAAAAGUAACUUCAACAACCCACAUUUGACGUUGAGGGAGACUUUGCUUCAGUAUAUUUCAGAAGGGGAUGAGGUAGAAGCGGUGGGUUCUUUAUUUGUGAUGGCCACUUUGUUGCAAACGAAAGAACUCGAAGAAUCAAUGCUUGAUGCCUUUGGCAUUCUUCCUCAGCGUAAGCAGCACAAAAAACUUUUGCUGCAAUCUUUGGUUGGUGAGGCCUCUGGUGAAGAACAACUCUUUUCACCCGAAAAUGGGUCCAUGAGAGAUGGCACAAGCAGUGACAUUGAUUUGUAUUUACAGAAGUUGGAGGAGCAAUUUGGAUUAUGCUGUUCACUGCCUGGGGUAGGAAUUAACCCCAGUGAACAUAGAAAUCAGGUGGUGGACGCAUUGGUCAAUCUUCUCUGCCGAGAAAACAUAUCUGCUGAAACACUGUGGGAUGGUGGUUGGCUUUUACGUCAAUUGCUUCCUUACAGCGAGGCAGAAUUUAAUUGCCAACAUCUUGAGAUGCUGAAGUUUUCAUAUGAGAAAUGCUCAAGCGCACUUAUUCGGGAAAUUAAGGGUACCUGGUCUGAUCUACUCAUCCCAGUACUGCUUGAUGAGUGGAAAAAGUGCAAAAGAGUGAUUGAAGCUCCAUCACCUCGAAAAGAGCCUAAAUUCAUUCUUCUCCAGCUGAACAAAUCUUCUUCUGAUGAUAACGUUGUUAGCGAAUCAUCAUUCACGGCCGGUGAAAGAAUGUGCGAGUUGGUAAAGGUCUUUUUGCUUCUUCAUCAAAUCCAAAUCUUCUCGCUUGGUAGGCCCUUGCCAGAACAGCCUCCAACCGAUCCACCUGAGAUGUCCCUCGCUACAACUUCUGGUUUGGAUGUUUCAGUCCCGAAGCCUGGCACCGAACUGAAACUAGGUGAUGCAGUGCCCUGUAGGAUUGCCUUUGAAAGAGGCAAGGAACGGCACUUUUCCUUUCUAGCAUUCACAUCCGGGUUAUCCGGGUGGAUCGUCCUUACUGAAGAAUCGCCUUUGAAAUCAGAUUACGGGAUUGUCCGUGUCACUGCACCUUUAGCCGGAUGCAAUCCUCGGAUAGAUGAGAAACACCCUACAUGGCUACACUUGAGAAUCCGUCCAUCCGCCUUACCAUUCUUGGAUCCAGCAAAGCGUGGAGUCUAUGAGAAGCUCAAGACGAAAGGUCUGGUCGACGGGAGAUGGACAUUGGCAUUCACGGAUGAAGUAUCUUGUAAAUUGGCUUACUCCAUGGUCGUGGACGAGAUCUGUAGACAAAGCAACGAGGUCGAAAGAAGAUUAAAACCAUUGCUCGAGCUCGAACAAAUUCAAGACCAAUCGAACCUUGCAUCCGAUUCUUCCUCUUCUACUUCAUCAUCACCACCGUCUUCGGGCUGAGCUCAGAAUUCGGGUAUUGAACUUUGGUCCCUACUUGUAAAUGAAAUAUUUGAAGCACCAGUAUUUAGAGAUAUAUCCAUAGAGUAGUGUUUCCAUUGUUCUUUCCUUCACCUUUUAAGUUUGGGUGCCUUAUUUUGCAAGUUAUCAUUCGUUCACCACUUCGUCUCUCUAACCCUAGAGUUCGUGUUUCUGUUUCCUGUUGGGCUUUUUUCCUGCUCCCUUUAAUAAUUUUUGUAUGUUUUUUUGUAUCAUCAUUGUAUAUUUGAUGCAGUUUUAUAGUGAUUUUUCCUCUUCA